CUCGCCCCGCGUGUGCCCCCAGGAUGGUGGGUCCCAGGCACCAGCCCGGCGGGCUGUGCCUCCUGCUGCUGCUGCUCUGCCAGUUCAUGGAGGACCGCAGCGCCCAGGCUGGGAAUUGCUGGCUCCGCCAAGCAAAGAACGGCCGCUGCCAGGUCCUGUACAAGACAGAACUGAGCAAAGAAGAGUGCUGCAGCACCGGCCGCCUGAGCACCUCCUGGACCGAGGAGGAUGUAAAUGACAAUACGCUCUUCAAGUGGAUGAUUUUCAAUGGGGGCGCCCCCAACUGCAUCCCCUGUAAAGAAACAUGUGAGAACGUAGACUGUGGACCCGGGAAAAAGUGCCGAAUGAACAAGAAGAACAAACCCCGCUGCGUCUGCGCCCCAGACUGUUCCAACAUCACCUGGAAAGGCCCAGUCUGUGGGCUGGAUGGGAAAACCUACCGCAAUGAAUGUGCACUCCUCAAGGCUAGAUGUAAAGAGCAGCCGGAACUAGAAGUCCAGUACCAGGGCAAAUGUAAAAAGACAUGUCGGGAUGUCUUUUGUCCAGGCAGCUCCACAUGUGUAGUGGACCAGACUAACAAUGCCUACUGUGUGACAUGUAACCGAAUUUGCCCAGAGCCCACCUCCUCUGAACAGUAUCUCUGUGGGAAUGAUGGAGUGACCUACUCCAGUGCCUGUCACCUGAGAAAGGCUACCUGCCUGCUGGGCAGAUCGAUUGGAUUAGCCUAUGAGGGAAAGUGUAUCAAAGCAAAGUCCUGUGAAGAUAUCCAGUGCACUGGUGGAAAAAAGUGUUUAUGGGAUUUCAAGGUUGGCAGAGGCCGGUGUUCCCUCUGCGAUGAGCUGUGCCCCGAGAGUAAGUCCGAGGAGCCUGUCUGUGCCAGUGACAAUGCCACUUAUGCCAGUGAGUGUGCCAUGAAGGAGGCUGCCUGCUCCUCAGGCGUGCUGCUGGAGGUCAAGCACUCCGGAUCUUGCAACUCCAUUUCGGAAGACACCGAGGAGGAAGAGGAAGAUGAAGACCAGGACUACAGCUUUCCUAUAUCUUCCAUUCUAGAGUGGUAAACCCUCCACCAAUGUUCAGUGUUGAUAUAGCCUUUGGGCAAAAAAAAAAAGAAAAAGAAAAAAAAAGAAAAAAGAAAAAGAAAAAUGAAAAGAAAAGAAAAAAUAUAUUGUCCAUACUGUAAAUAAGUGUAUGCUUAUUUAUUUGGGGGGGAAACUAUACAUAAAGGACGUUUGUCCUAGAGCUCUCUCCCAGGCCACCUUGUUACUCAUUGGACACGGAGAGGCAGUCAUUUUGAGGUCUACUGGAUGAGGCCCAUAGUUGAGACUUGUAGACAUUUAUUUAUACUGUGUCAUGUUUUAUAAUUUAUACAUAAAAUGUCUGGUUGACUGUACACCUUGUUUUUGAAGAAAUUUAUUCGUGAAAGGAAGAGCAGUUGUUAUUUAUUGUGAGGUCUCUUGCUUGUAAAGUAAAAGCUUUUUUUUUCCCUUGUAAACCAUUUAAGUCCAUUCCUUACUAUUCACUCACUCAUCUGUCUCCCUUCAUCUCACUGUUGUUAGACUCUUUUCCACUUUAACAAACUUGCAUGUCAGUUUCUGUCAUGUUUAUUUAUUGGAUUCUCUGAUGCCUGUUCUGUACAUACAUGAUCCCUCGGGUUUUGUUUACAAGGAAUCUUGACUGACCAAAAGGCAUUAUAACUGACUGAGAAGGUACAGAGGAUACAUCUUUGAGGAAACUCCUAGCUCAGUUCUCUUGUCAUGAUUUGGGAGAGAAGGGGUGAUAGUAAUGUUAGAAUUCUAAUAAUGUACUUUUAAGAUGUUACAAAUCCAAAGAAAUUGAGUGAUAUGGGUAUCCGGAGACUGAAGGAAGGGAAUGCUAUACAUUCAACCUUUUAUUAGGUGUUUCCUAUAAGCUACUCUGCUGUACCUUUUAAAUUAGUUCUUUUUCAAACAACGUGUCGCUAAAAGUUAUAUCAAAGCUUUAUCAGUUCAAGUUUCUUGCUUUUCAUAAUACUUUUUUCUGAUGCAAUUUUAUAUUUUCAAACAUGGCAAGUUAAAUAUAAAUUCAUUUAAAUAUAUAGUUUUGUACUUUUCUACCAUGUAAAUGUGCAAUGUAUAUAAAAGUUAUAAUGUGUAUUUGUAAAUAAAUGAUGAGUGAAAAAAUAAAAAAAUUUUAAAAAGCCAA